AUGUGUACUCGUGUUUAUCACGCGUCUUAUUCGUUUCUGCCGCACGAACAGCGAAAAGAAGCUCGACUAGGACAAAUCAUGCCUUUGGCUGUUGAUCUGUUGCACCCUGAUCCAGAGACUGAGCGCCAGCGCCACAAGCUCAAGCGGCUUGUUCAGCAUCCCAACAGUUAUUUUAUGGACGUUAAAUGUCCGGGAUGUUUCAAGAUUACUACUGUCUUUUCCCAUGCCACUACCGUGGUAGUCUGUGUUGGAUGUAAUACUGUUCUCUGCACACCAACCGGAGGAAAAGCCCGAUUGACGGAAGGUUGCUCAUUCCGUAAGAAGCAACAUUAAAUGUAGUGUUGUUGUGUUACAUAAAUUGUUUUUGUUUGAUGAAGGG